CCAAUCUCCCGCGUUCCAACUUCAGCGGAAAUAGAGCGCAUUUUUUCCCUCUAUUUAAACGCGCCAACAAAGACCAUUCAGCGAGGUCUGUCCGUCAAUCUCUCACUGUAGAGUAGACUUUUUUCCCCUUCUGUAGUUCCCCUUGUCUUCCUGUCUAAAUGCCUGAGGAAACGUCCACUGCGUCGGGCUCGUCGAGUGCGGAGGAGAAGCCGUGCUCGUCGUCAGCAGCUGCAGCAGCAGACAGCUCGGUCGACGUGAUGGAGGAGGCUAAGAAGUUAAUCGGAACGGGGAAAAGGCAUCUGGUCAUGGGGGAUGUCGUCUCCGCUGUCAACGUCUUCCAAGAUGCCUGUAGCGUUCUGGCGUCAAAGUAUGGGGACACUGCAGAUGAAUGUGGGGAGGCGGUCUUCCUCUAUGGAAAAUCUCUGUUGGAGCUUGCCAGGAUGGAGAACGGCGUACUUGGUAAUGCCCUGGAGGGAGUUCCGGAAGAAUCGGAGGAAGAAGAGCAGCCGAGCAACUCCAACGUUGAGAGCGCAGACAACCUCGAUGAGGUGAUGUGCCGCUCUGGUGCAGAGAAAACUCGAGAUGAGCUGCGAAAGCAGGUGUAUGAUGCGAUGGCAGAGGAAGCCAAAUCUGAAGAGAAGCUGGUGUCGGAGGAUGACAUCACUCAGGUGAAGGAGGAAGCUGUAGUUAAAACGGAGGAGGAGGAGGAGGAGUCACCCCUGGCUCAGGAAGAGCUGAUCGGAAAGGAGGCUGUCCAGGGUUCAGGUGAAGGAGAGAAGAAUGACGAGCCAGAUGAUGCAAAAAAGGAGGAAUCUGAUGUAGAGGAAGAACAGAGCAAAGAUGAACCGGAGGAUGAUGACGACGACGACGACGACGACGAUGAGGAUGAUGAUGGAGAGAAAAACGGACAGGAGAAUGAAGAGGAUGAUGUUGGGAAUUUACAGCUGGCGUGGGAGAUGCUGGAGGUUGCCAAACUCAUCUAUAAAAGAAAAGAAGGCAAAGACGACCAGCUGAUGGCAGCUCAGGCUCAUCUGAAGCUGGGAGAAGUCGGGGCAGAAACGGGUAACUAUCCCCAGGCUUUAGAAGACUUCCAGGAGUGUUUGUCCAUCCAGCUGAGGCACUUGCCUCCUCACAGUCGUCUGCUUGCUGAGACCCACUACCACGUUGCUACGACACUCUGCUACAUGGAUGAGUACAGACAGGCCAUCCAGCACUACAACAGUUCCAUAGAAGUCAUCGAAAACCGCCUGAGUAAGCCUCAUUUUAAAAGAAUAAACGUAUUUUUGUGUGCUGUUGAUGGGUUUAAUCUGGGAUCCUUGUGCGCAGCCAUGCUACAGAAAGUGAUCGACGCAGCAGAAGGAGAUGACGGUGCAGCGGAGGAGAAGAGUGAGUUGGAGGAGCUCAAACAGCUUCUGCCGGAGAUCAGAGAAAAGGUGGAGGACGCCAAAGAGAGUCUGAGGACGGCCAGCGCUGCGUCACAAGCCAUCCAGCAGACGCUGGGUGGAACCUCAUCUUCAUCAACAUUCCUGUGUGAAAACGGCGGUCCUUCCUCUUCAACGGCAGCUUUUGCAGAAAGUAGCCAGGAUCCAGGGAAAUGCGACAGCAGCUCUUCUUCCAAAGCGGCGUCGGACAUCUCUCAUCUCGUCAGGAAAAAGAGGAAACCAGAAGAAGAGAAUCCAGUAAAGGACACAGAUGCUAAGCAAGCAAAACAGGAAGCUUCAGUAAAUGGCAGCGGUGAUUCUAGUUCCAGCAAUGGAGUCCAGGAGGAGAAAUCGCAGGAGGCUCCCACCCAGUCGGCCUCCGUGGAGUCCUCGGCGUGAAGGUGCUGAUCUCCCUCCUGACGUCUUCUGAAACCAGCACAGCUCUGACUGUCUAACUCUCCUCCAAACUGAUGUUUUUGUAAAUAUCCAUUUUCACAGAUUUGUCUGUCGGGUUUUGUAUACUUGUAGUAAAAUAAUAAACAUUUGCAGGUGUAA